AUGUACAUUCUACCUUGGGCUCUCUCCCUGGUGGCAGUGUCAAGUGCUGCUCCAACAAAUUUCUUCGAUGAUGUCUAUGACUUCUCUGAAGAGCUUCUGGGAUACUACAGCGCAGUGAGCCAAAAAAUCAACCAAAUCAGACACACCUCUGAGCCGUCAGCUGUGCAAUGCGAUACAUCCAAAAUCUCGCUUCCAUCGUAUGCAUCCGGUCUGCCAAGUCCGACUGGGCUGACGCCCAUGUACGUGGCUCUUGGAAGAGGCACCCAGAACUAUACCUGUGCCGAUUCUACCUCAAGCUCCGCUCCUACAGCCAUCGGUGCGGUCGCAAACCUCUACAAUGCCACCUGUCUUGCUGCCAGUUACGCAGAGGUCCUGGCAAUGCUUCCAACUGUUGCUUACAAGAUUGCCCUCCCCACAAAAGAGUAUGCGACAUUCCCACCCGCCAAUCUGGAGUUGAUGGGCCACCACUUUUUCUAUGAUUCUACCACGCCGGAAUUCAACCUCGAUACCACCACGGCGAAACAAUACGGUAUUGCGAUGACCAACAAGAUUGAUUCAAUCGAUGCCCCUACGAGUGCUACCAAAGGUCAAAAUGGUGCCGUCUCCUGGCUCUACCUCAAGACUGUAUCUGGCACUGUCGGCAACUACAAGGCCGUUUACCGAGUCGAUACUGCUUCAGGGUCCCCUCCAACCACCUGUAAAGGCAUGAAAUCUUCAUUUGAGAUCCAAUAUGCAGCGCUCUACUACUUCUAUGGCUAG